AUGGCGCAGUAUGAAGCUAUUCUCUCCACUGAUACGACUGAUCUUCCUUCAGGAAGCCCAGAGCAGGAUAUGCGAUUAGAAGAAACAACUCCUCCACCCCCUGGUCGUUACGAAUCAUUCAGGGAGGCUGAUGCUGUAUCACUUCCCCGCGCCGAUACAGAUUUUGAACCAGCAUUAUUGAAAACCGCUCAUGAGGAGAAUGUCUCAGGGAAAUCGCAACCACCAGGCCCAAUAUCAUGGAACAAAUACGCAAAACAUCGCUGGUGGCACAAGAUAGGACUCUUAGGUCUCAUCACACUGAUGGCUGGUACACUGUCUUUCGCGACAGCUACCAAGGUCAUCACCAUCUGCUCCGCCGCCAUUCGUGUAUCGAUAGGCCUUCACAUUAGCCUUGUAGCAGCAGCUGUCGCUGCGCUAAUGCUCGAGACUACUGGCACCAGGUUUUGUGACGUCGCGGCAGUUUCAAUCCAGCGAGCAUCGGGUUCGAGUCCUUACACAAUCCUUCCUGCUUCAUUACGACUUACUAGACUCAGUACAUUCGGUGUGCUGCACGCUUCGAUCAUGAUUCUGGGGACAAUUAUCCUAGUCGCUUCGACCUUUACGUCUACGAUACUGCUCACAGACUUAAAGAACGUCAAUAUAGCUGGACCGACGCAGACAAAGCUUCUUCCAAUUAGACUCGGACCGAAUACUACCUUGUCUGCGAAUGGUGUUCUCCACUACAGGUCUAGUCCCUCUGCGAACUGGCGAUUCGGCGAGAUGAAAUCCGGCAAUGUUGCAUCGACUGCCGAGAUUGCCGACACCGGGAAUACAUACCGUGUUCUUCUGCCCUACAUGAAGGAGGAGUCUAGAACAACGCUAGAGCACUACUCUGGGCCAGGACUGGUGAGCAACUUCAGAACAGUCUGUUUCAGUCCCAACCUUGAAAGGAUUCGCUUCGGUCUUACUGCAAGCAAAUCGGGCCUUCAGACAGAGCUCGAUAUCAGAUCAACGAAAAAUGGCCCGGAAUUUCUCAAGAAUUGGUCAGAUAGUAGAUUCACGUUUUAUGCCCAGCUUCCAACAAAGUGGAAUGAAAGCGACAGAGCUACCUUGCCACUCUCACUCGCUAACAAUUUCCAUGCUGGUCCCCGUGGGGAUCUCGGACUUCAAGAUCACCCUUCAGGCCGGAACUUCACUUUUAUCCCCCUGAUGCUUCUCAAGUCCAGCCCAAUCCUGCUGCGUGGAUUUGGGCACCUGGACCUAGGUGGCGAGACUGACGAGAGCGAGGCGAUGGAUAAGAUUGAUCAACUGAAAGGACUAAAGACAAAUAUGGACGGCCGUUGGACAAUAGCUUCGUUGAAGAAUGGCACGCAAGUGCUCAGUGCGACGCUGUGUUUUGUCGCGGAUAACGCACCAGAGCUGUACGAAAUUACCAUGACUGGGAUGACUAUCCCAUCUGAGCCGACAGUCGGGUGGCAGAGGAACGGCACUUCAAAGAGUAGUGCGCAGCUGCAGAAACAGCUUGGCAUUGGAGUUUCCUAUAAGGACUACAGAGAUCGGCAUAUUAUGCAGCUUAAGGAGCCAAGAAACCUUGCUCUUAUCCAAGCGCUAUUGGGGUACUCUCCCCAAGGAGGCUGGGCAACGACAAAUUACAAGGAUCUCUAUGAGGAGGACUGGAUCGCUUGGUGGGCCGCGCACGCUGUGCAUGUCUCUCUUAUCCAAGACAUCCUUCGAGUCACGGGCGACCCUGCAUUAGCCAUACAGGCCCUUGCCUUCAGGUUUCACUCCAUGAUCUUCUACGACAGUAUAACAGAGUUUGACCUGUACAAGCCAGUCACCACCAUAAGCUCAGUCGAGAUGCUCAUCUCAGUGCGGUGGACAGGGCUGGCCGUGGUUCUGAGCCUGAUCUUGGUCCACCUACUGCUACUUUGCAGCACGAUGGUGCUGUUUCAACUCAAGACAAGGGCUUCUGGUCUGGGCAACGCUUGGCAGGCUAUCGCCCAGGUCGUGUCGACUGAAACGCGUGCGGUCAUGGAGGAGGCGAGUGCGGUGCGGGAUAAAGAGGUUGAGGCUUGGGCUAGGUCGUCAGGUGUUUCUAGAAGGUCAUACGCUGUAUCGAUGUCCGAUGUCAGGAACAGAAUGGAGAUUAUGGAACAAAAACUGUAA